AUGGCCACCCCGACAUCGAAUACCGAAUGGCCAAGUCCUGCACUUGCCGAGCCCGUCAAAGUCCUCAUCAAUCGGGCUUUCGAGACGGCAGAUCUCAAGGCUGAAGAUUGUGGGGAGCGAGUAGCAAGAGAGGUCUUUGUGCCUACUGGAAAAAUGGUCAUCAAUAAGAAAACCUUUGCUGGGUCUCAAGCAAUCGCCGAUCUUCAGAAUGCUUCUUGGAAAGUACUCCAAGCACGAACACAUCGAAUCCACAAAGUGUUCCGCGCCGGACCAGCGGACGACACUUUCAUGUUCUUCGGUACCGCCAGUUGGACGUUCAAUAAUGGAGCAUACGUGGAAGCUCCUUUUGCGAACAGGUGGAUCAUCGAGGGUGCGGAUACUGAUGAUCCCAAGAUUGUGCUCUUCCAGGCUUUCGCGGAUAUGAGCGGGUUCGACGCCGAAGCUAAGCGACAGCAGACAUAA